CUCCACUUUGAAAGGGCCAGGAAGUGAUUUUUCGUGACGCGGCGCGUAGUCGAGGCACGGGCGAUCGAGGAUGUGCGGCGAGGCGUUAGCCGCGACGCGAGCCGUUCGACUAAUCGGUAUUUCGAUUUCGAGUACGUAGUACUUGGCCCCAUAGCGAGGCGCGCACGAGGUCCCGCGAUUGGCCAGUUUACGAAAACGACGAUGGCUCCGUGAGGAGAGGAGAACAUGGCUGCGACGCAAGCCGAGAGCCAACAAAACGAUGUGAAGCUGAACGAGUCCGUGAAAUGCGCGCAGAAGCGUACGCAAGUCGGUGGGAAUAGUGCGAGUGCGAGUGCGAAGCAGCAGCUGGAUUCCGAACCGGACGAUAAAGUGCCCCGGGGCGCGGCCCAGCUGCUUAAAUAUGUGAAUCGCGGGGACACGACGGGCUACGAGAUGAGUCAAUACCGCGAGGACAUUGGCGGCGGACACUCGGCCGCCGGUGAGGUAAAAUCGCCGCGCGAGACCGGCCAGCCGCCCCAGGAGCCCGUCGUCCUCGGCAAGCAGGAGGCGCACGACGCGCCGCCCGGCCAUCCCGGCCAUCCGGGCCAUCCCGCGUACGCGUCAAACGUGAUACGCGACUAUUCGGACCCGGAGUACGGUAACAACAAAUCCGCCGAAUUCGCCGCUGCCGCCGCCGCCGCAGCCGCCGCGUCCAAGUCGGUGCUCGUUGACUAUCCGCCCGGCGGCAAGCAGCUCCCGUCGGAGUACAUCACCAAGCAUGCCGACUUUCCCGGCCCCGGCAAGCAGCAGCAACAGCAACAACAGCAACAGCAGCAACAACAGCAGCAGCAGCUUGCAGACUACCAUGGUAAACACUUGAUGCACGAGAGCGAGCGGGUAGCGGCUCACCGGGCGGCCGAGAUGGAGGAGCACUACUCUGCCUCCAAGAUCGAGUCGCGGCUCUACGGUCCCGCCAGCUCCGCCAACUUCUCUGGCCAGCCGAGGCCGUUUCUCGGUGGCCAGGGUAUGUCCCAGACCGCCGGUCCUACGCCCACGUUGAAUCAGUUGCUACAGGCCUCUAGUCCGGUGCAUCGGUUUCAUGGCAAUUACCCUGGAAUGGGACCCGAGUAUCAACAGCCCUGGCCUAUACAAAGGCCACCGGUUGUACCUCCCGUUUAUCCGCAAGCCAGUCAGCGUCCUCCGCAGACGGGUUCACCGAGAUUACAUACAGGGCCAGGAGCACAGAGUUCUCCAACGCCCAUGCAAUAUCAACAGUAUACCCAACGAUAUUCCUCUCCUGCGAGACCUCACGCACCUUACAGUCAUCAUCAGCUAAACUCUUACACGACGCAAACCAGUCAUCCCUCAAGUUUAUAUACGGAACAAAGGGGAUGGAAUCAAGGCGGACCACCAAAUCCGCCUCCACCACCGAAUAAUCAGGUCACUCCGUCGGGUCAGUCACCACAACGUGCUUUGUCUCAGUCCCCGGCUCCACCUCCUGCUGCAUCACCACAACCACAACCUACCAAUCAGUCACAGGCUUUCCACAAUCUGCAACAGCGAGCUACAACACCAAAUACUCAAGGAAUUGACUCUGGGGAGUUAUCAGGACAGAAUAGCAAUGACAGUUCGAAUGGACCAGCUUGCCCAGGGACACCAAAUUCUCAGGGGAUGAGACCUACCCCGUCACCUACAGGAUCCACAGGUUCUCGCUCGAUGUCCCCUGCUGUUGGUCGGUCUUUUUUACGCCAACAAAACGUUCAGAUGCCUCCACGUCCGUCGAGUAGCCAGUCGGAUGGUAGUGGACCAGCACCGCGCAUGAGUCAUUCUCCUAUGACCACUCAAGGAGCAUACCAACAACCAUUGGGUCCUUCACCACACAUGCAUAGCUACAAAAUGAACAGCACCGGUCCUGGUGUAGUGCAACCGGGACCCGGUUCGACGGCUCUCGGUGGGAUCAGCCCAAUGGGUGGUGGGAUGGGCUAUGCAGCUGGUGCAACAACCGCGGGCCAGCCUGGAGGUUAUCAUGCACAAUCUACGUAUCCACCUCCGCGUCCUCACAUGCAGUUUCCACAGGGAUAUCCAACGCCUGCAAACUCACAACCACCACCCAACAAUCAGUAUCAACCUCCCAACAGACCCAAUAACUUGGUACAAUAUCCACCGUACACGCAUAAAAUGGGCUUUAAUAGUGUACCACCGGGAAUGCCGCCGAGUCCGGGACCGCCACAGGUUUAUGGUGCUGGCGGCGCUACCGCGAUGGUACCGCCCGGUGCUCCAGGAGUGCCUGUUAUCGGUAAUAUGGGACCGCCGGCGAGCUCCAUGGGUCCGCCACCACCGUCUCCUAACCACAUAAGUAACCAACCACCACCGCCUACCAGUUCAGCAGUACCACACUUACAUACACCAGCGGCCACGCCGCCUCUCAAUCACGAAGGUAGUCCAAUGCCGCCGCCGAGUACAACACCGAAUUCGCAUCCCGCGUCAGCCCCAACCCCCAUCAGCCACAAUUCCGCAGAUCUCGCGGCUGAGACUUCCAACGACAGUGGUAUAACUACAACCGCUUCAGGUACGUCAGCUAUAAAUGUCAUAUCUACUUCAAGUGGUACUGUGACAUCUGUAAUAACAACAGGUCCAGACGGCACGUCUCUAGAUGAAGGUUCGCAGCAGUCAACGUUAUCUAACGCAUCAGCUGCUUCUGGUGAAGAUCCAGCAUUUACACCAAAAGUGCGGAAGGAGAUGAUAGGAGGAUAUCACAGUCAUCCUGCGACACCACAAAGCACCGUUCCGUCUCCUGGCGCUGCUAGCAUUAAUUCGAUUCACGAGGAAUAUCCUGAUAUGAAUAGCCCUGGUUGGCCGCGUACUCCUGCUAGUCCUGUGUUUAACAGUCAUGUGCCUCAAGACCCGUACAGAUCUAAGAAGACAGAUAGUCUGGCAAAGUUAUACGAAAUGGACGACUCGAUAGAACGAAGAACCUGGCUCGACAAGCUGGUAAACUUUAUGGAAGAACGAAGAUCACCAAUCACCAGCUGUCCUACCAUCUCCAAGAACCCCCUCGAUCUAUUUCGGCUUUACCUCUACGUGAAGGAGAGGGGGGGCUUCAUGGAGGUAUGCAAGGUGACGAAAAACAAGACGUGGAAGGAUAUAGCUGGCCUGUUAGGCAUCGGUGCGAGCAGUAGUGCUGCCUAUACAUUACGCAAACACUAUACGAAACACCUGCUGGCAUUCGAGUGUCAUUUUGAUCGUGGGGGUGUGGAUCCACAACCCAUUAUCAAUCAGGUUGAGGCAGGCUCGAAAAAGAAGGGAACUAAGGGAACUGCUUCCGUACCAUCACCAGGUUCUUCCAAUUCUCAAGACUCCUUUCCUGCUGCUGGAUCAAGCAACGCUUCCAUGGAUGGCUAUGGAAGUUAUCAGGGUAGUUACGCCGGCGGAACACCCGGUGGCCCAUCGUCGGAAUACACGCCACCGCCACCUAGACCACCCAGUCAAAGUAGUGCACCAUCCGCUCAUCAAGGCAUACAACAAGGUAGUUACCAGAAUACAGGCUCCUAUCAGAAUUAUCCGCAAGAACAGUACAUUCGACCGCAGGGAAACGCAUUAUCUCAACAAGCAGAGUUCAAUCAACCGUACUCUCCUAGAUCGCAUUAUCCUCCAUAUGUACCAGAUGUCGACAGGGGAUACCCAGGUGGUAACAUGCCGCCAAAUAACGCUACUGGACAGGAUAUGUACAACAGAUACACCGGCGGUCAACAAGGCCCUGCUAGCUAUCCCACAGGAACGCCUCCUAAUGCGCGGAGCAACAGCUAUCCAUCGGGACCGCAAGGUCAUCCGGCUGCUGUGCAACAACAAACGGCGACUAGCCAGCCUUCCUCGCCUUCGCAACCACCAACUGUAUCAUCAUAUUCGUGUCCGCAAGACUACUAUCGACAGGAACAAAGUGGAUACGGAGCGCCUGGUGGAACUCAAAUAUAUAGUGGGAGUGGACCAGCGAAUAAGAAUAUGCCACCGCCCCCUCCGGGACCCACUCAACCUAGACGCCACCCAGAUUUUGCCAAAGACCAACAGUAUCCCCAUCAACAGUAUAAUCAACAACGACCAGCGUAUCCAGGAUGGCCAAACACAACUAAUCAGUACAAUAGUAAUAGUGGAAACAACAGAGUUCAAUACCCAAGCCAGCCGGCGCCAUCACCAUCGCAACAACCGCAACAGCAGCAACCGCAACAAGGAGCCCAAGUCGUCACCGCUACUCCUGCCGCUCCAGCGGUUGGCAGUAUGGCUAGUAGUCAACAAUGGGCCAGUCAGCAAUCGAACAGGUCCUCGUCCCAACCGUCUCUUAACACUAUAGCACACCCGCCUCCACCAUGGGAUCAUCGUUACACGAAUCAACCGUCCCCUUUGUAUCCAACACCCGGAAGUCAUCAGAAUCAACUCGGAGUGAAUCCCAUGAUUAGCCAGCAACCAACGUCAAAGAGAGAAAUGACAUUCCCUCCUGACAGCGUAGAAGCGAUCACGCCUCUUUUGUACAAACGACGAAAAUUAACGCGCGCUGAUGUUGCACCAGUAGAAGCUUGGCGCAUUAUGAUGGCUUUGAGAUCGGGUUUGCUCGCUGAGAGCUGUUGGGCGCUCGACGUAUUAAAUAUUUUGUUAUUUGAUGAUUCUUCAGUAAGUUAUUUCGGAUUGACACACUUACCUGGACUACUGGAUGUUUUGCUGGAACACUUCUCGCGUUCUCUCUCCGACAUGUUUGAAUCGUGUGUAAACGACGAUGAUCGCUACUGUCAGGCCGCAGAUGGUCCGGAGGUAGACCUCGGUGCAGUUACGCGUCCGAUCGACGCGGAGGAUCGGACGAAAUUGCUAUCGACAACGAACUACACGCACCUCUCGAGGAGAGGUCGUGCCGUCAAAAUCGUCUCUCGGGAUGACGAUCUGUUCGUUUUGGAUACCCGGAGGCCGUGGGAUCACGAGGAGUGCGAAUCAGAAACCGAGCCGUGGCAAGUCGACACGAACGCGACCAAAUACAUCGUCACGUGUUUUCAGUCUGAGGUGGGCUCGGUGCCGUUCGCUCGUUUGCUGAGGGACGAGAAACCGCCGUUAUUACAAAAAGAAGUCGACAACACUGAUUUGAAGGACGAAGCCAAAGCGGAUAGCGUUAGUGGUGUUAACGAAACGCUGGACUUUACUCACAAGUCCAGCGAGCUCGGCGACAAGCAAUCUUGCAAAGAUAGUGGUGAACGCAAGCAGCAACAGCUAGACAAAAAGAAAAAGACGAAAACUCUAAGCGACGUGCUGUCGAGGAUCAAGAAGGAACCCGUAGAGAUGAAUGAUCUCACGAGGGAACUGUUCGAAAAGAAAAACGAUGGCUUUAAGAAGGAUUGUGACGGCGAAGUGCCGAAAGCGAACAACAACAUGGGCGAGCACUUUGGCAGUGACGUGUCGUCGAAAAACGACGAGGACUCGUUGCCGACGCAGAAUGGACUGAGUGAAUCGACGAUGGUGACGGCAACGGUGAUGGCAUCGUCAAUAUCAUCUGCGUCAGCGUCAACAUCGACAUCGACAUCAGGCACCAUCGAUAACACUAUAGACAAAUCUGAAAUCAAGACGGAAACGACGGAGGAACACGAACCGGGAACGUCGAGAGACGACAACGAGGGACCAAGAUUAAACAUAAGAGAUCCGGCAGGUACGCUAAAGCGACGGAGGAUAAGUGACUACGAGGACGAGAGUUACUCGAGGGACGAGGCGAGUCUCUAUCUAGUGACGGAGACGCAGGAUAACCUGGCCCGUCGUUGUGUGUGCUUGUCGACCAUCUUGAGGAAUCUCACCUUCAUCCCCGGCAACGAGGCGGAAUUCGCGAAGAACGUUACGUUCCUCAGUCUGCUCGGCAAGUUGCUGCUAUUGCACCAUGAGCACCCGGUACGGGCGCAAAAGACUCGAAAUUAUGAUCGCGAGGAGGACGCGGAUUUCGCGGACUCGUGUAGCAGUUUGCAGGGCGAGAGCGAAUGGUGGUGGGACUUUUUGCAUCACGUAAGGGAGAACGUUCUCGUAAUGGCCGCCAACAUAUCCGGCCACAUGGACCUCAGCCAACAUCCGGAGGAGAUCUCGCGGCCGGUGCUCGACGGCCUUCUGCACUGGGCCGUGUGUCCGGCAGCGCACGGCCAGGAUCCCUUCCCAACGGUCGGCCCCAACUCCUCGCUGUCGCCGCAGAGACUCGCGCUCGAGGCGCUGUGCAAGUUAUGCGUGACCGAGUGCAAUGUCGACUUAGUAGUGGCGACGCCACCGUACUCACGACUACAGAGACUAUGCUCGGUGCUGACCAGGCUCCUCUGCCGCAGCGAAGAACAGGUGCUGCGCGAGUUUGGUGUUAAUCUACUACACUUCCUGUCGGCCGCGGACAGCGGCGUCGCGCGCACCAUCGCCCUACAGACGCCCUGUGUCGCGCUGCUCGUCGCGUUCAUCGAGCAGGCCGAAUCGAGCGCUCUCGGGGUCGCUAAUCAGCACGGUCUUGCGGCUCUGCGCGACAAUCCCGAAUCGAUGGGCACCAGCCUCGAUAUGCUGCGACGCGCGGCCGGCACGCUGCUCAAUCUCGCCAGGCAUCCGGAUAACCGGACUCUCCUUCUGCAACACGAGUCCCGCCUGCUCGCCUUGGUGAUGAGCCAGAUUCUGGAUCAGCAGGUCGCCGCGAUAGUCGCGCGUGUGUUGUUCCAGUGCUCGAGAGGCACGUAACUCUCUGUCGUCGGUCGGGACACUGGUACGUGGUAAUCGCGUGUUAUAUACGUUAUUAACGGUGACGACGAUGACGACAACGAUUACGACGAUACGAUACGACGCAAAUAAGACGCGCACGCGACGGCAACGAUGUUGUCAUGGUAUGACGUUGUGUGUACGGACGGCUGCAGUGCGUUAAAAAAAGGUGGACGUGUCGGGAAAGCGGAAGAUAGACAAAAUACACGGGAAAAAGAGAGAGACACAAGGGAGAGAAAGAAUAACGAGAAAGAGAGAGAGAGACACGCGCACGACGUGAUAGUAGUGUGCACGAGUGACUGGAACAAAAGUGCUGAUAAAAACCCAUGGCAGCGCAAGUUGUAGUUUUAUAUCGAUUAAACAGGAAGUAAGAAAGUUUAAUUAUUGGUGUUAGCGUGUAGGUAUACCCGAUGCGAUCUUCGCCCGUCGGUAUACCUUCCCCUUCGAUGAAUUGGAAUAAUAUCGAUAGUGUAAGAUAUUUCAUAGUUAACGAAAGAAAAAUGAUACAUAUACACGACACACAAACACAUACACACACAUAUACAUAUAUACAUACACACACAUAGAAAAACACAGGCACACAGUCCUAGCAGAACGUACCACACAGGACACAAAUCCAUAUGCACACACGUAUACGUGCGCGCACCUGCGACGCGAGUGUUAACAUGGACAUAUAUACACACAAAAUACAUACACAUAUGCAUAGGCAGUAAAAAAAAGAAAACGGACUUUCAAGAGACAACGGUCAGCUGCAUAAUAAUAUAUAUACCAAGAAUCAUGUCGGCGAACCUUAAUGGUGCGAUAUGGAAUGAUAUAUCGGAUGAUGAUAUAUAUAAAUAUUAAACGAUAAUAUAAUGCAAAUUUUUAUAUUUGCAUGUUUUGUGCUGUAAUUAGCGAGUAAUUAAGAUAUUUUGUAGAUAACACACUUCCAUUUGAAUCUUAUUCGAUUUUCGUGCUGCGGCUACGAUGGCGCAAAUAUACGUUUGCGGCUAUAAGGCCGCAAAAAGUCUCGAUUUUAGAAGCACAGGCAGAAACUAGAACUGAAGAAAGACAUUGCUAGAAGAGAAAAAAAUAAUAUACGUGUGAUAAAGCCGCUGAUUGAGAGGAUAGAGAGUAGAAGAGAAAAAGGAAGAAAAAGAGCAUGAAAGUGAGUAGGAGAGAAGCGUGCAUGUGUGCGUACAUGUUUAUGUAUUUGUGUAUUGCGUGCAUGCAUGUAUGUAUGUAUCUAUGUAUGUAUGUAUAUGUUGAGAAAGAGAGAGAAAGAAGUAGAAAGGAUAAACAGAGAAAGAAAGAGGGAGAAAGAAAAAACGAUAAAUAUUCGAAUUAGAAUGCAGGGGACAGAGAUGCUGUAGCUUUCCUCUAUUCUAAACUAAUUAUUCUCCUUCAAAGUAUCACAUAUGUGAUCUUAUAUUAUACGUUAUGUAUAUUAUAGAUCUUCGUAUGAAUAUGUAGUUUCAAGAACAGGCCCCUAAUCCCUUUAUUCUGGAAUCUCCUCUCGAUAUUCUAGCAGCGGAACACCGUCGUAUGUUUCGCGUAUUCGUUUCAUUCGCUUCUCUCAUUCUACGUACGGCAAAGUUUCUACGUAAAACAGUACGAGAGAGAGGAAUUCCAGUUUACAGGUGACAGAGAGACAGCUGUUUUCCAGAGUAGAACGGGGAAUUCGAAAUAGAGCGAGUCUAGAGCACAUGUCCACCUAUAUACGUGCGCGCAAGAAAUGUAUGGAUGCGACGCGCGUGUGUUUAAUAUGUUGUGCGAAUGUGUGCGAUGCGUGCAUACGGCGCUUCGACAAACAGGGGCCCAUAUGUGCGCGUAUUAAUAUAAAAGAUGAUUUUAGUGUGCGCAUGUCUGUUUGUGCGUGGGUGUAUGCACGGAUGAUGGGGGUGCCGGUAGAAAAAGGGGUAGGGACAGUGUCUGUGAAAAAGAAAGCAAAUACAAAUAUAGCUUGCGAAACUGAUUAAUUUAAAAAGUCACUUAAAUUAUCGUUGAUUUUGCAGCAAUUACUUGAAUUCCUAGAAGUUCACAGUUUUGGUAAACUUUCUUUUUUUUUUCCCCAAUGGCUUCCUUUCGAUGAGAGAUUUGAAAGUAGCAAAUCUAACUAAUUGCAGUCUUUUUGGAAUAAACGUAUUUAUAAACAUAAUUAAACGCCGUUGUGAUAAAAAAUAUAUAAAGAAAAAAAGGACGAAAGGGCGGAAGAUGAAAAAACCAAUCACUGUGUAGAAACAGAUGAAACUGAUUCUGGGGGAUAAAGUAGAAACGAAUAUAUUAAAGAGAUAAAACAAGAGGAUUUUUAAAUUUAAGCUCGAUCGUGCCAUUAAACGAUUCUAAUGGGAAUAUAUUUAUAACCAAGAUUUUAUGCUUUUUCAAAGCGCGCAUAUACGUUAUUGUAAAACUAACAAAUACCGAUUGUCAGCUUGCACAUAUUUUGACGAUUCUUACGAUACAUACAUCUACCUAAUUGUAAAAUCCCACUCUCACGAACAUUUACGCAGCAGUUGCAAGGGAAAGAGACAGAGAACGAGAGAGAGAAAGAUAUGGAAAGAGAGACGCACUCGAACUCGUCGUCGCACACCUUCCACUGGUAUACUUCCUCGUUUCGUAGAAAGAAUGAAUUUAAGAGAGAUGGAAUGAUGAUUUAGUUUUCACAUACGACGUGUAGCCGUUUAAAACGACUCGAAUUCUUGCGAAGACAUACGACUUAGAAGCGUGUUGAGAUAAGUUAAACAGAACACUUUCCCUGGUCCCAGCUUCUCCCCGACCCCAAAGUAUCCUAUUCUAUAGAUAUCUAAAUACAUGUAGUUCUUAAAUUAUUUACUUUAGUUCGAGUGGAGAUGCCUGUAAGUGUAAUUUACUAAGACUUUUUGUAAAUAAAUUAUGAAAUAAA